CUUCCCACAUUUGAUACUGGAAAAUUUCAAACAUACAUGUAUGAGUUGGAAGAACAGCCCCUCCCACUACACCUGACAGUGUGUAACAUUUCACCACAUUGGUUUCACCACUUUUUCUAGACCUUUUUAUGGUUUUUGCUGAAAAAGCAUUUGAGAGUAUGUUGCAGACAUGACAUUUAAUCCUAUAUUUUCUAAGAAAAAGGAAUACCAUAUAACCCUCAUUUGUUCAAACCAUCUAAGAAUAUUAACAGUAACUCCAUAAUAAUAUGUCAUAUAGUCCGGACUCAGAUGUUCCUAGUUUUUCACAAAACGUCUUUUCGGGCUGGCCUUUUUAGAAUCGUCACUUCCAGAAAGCUGAGCAUGGUGUUUUCCCCCUCCGUGCUGGCCCCGCCCUGCCUGGAGGUCUGGGUGCUCCCCCCACCCACCGCUCUCUCUGCUCUCUCCCCAGGAGCCCAGAAUGGGCGAGUUAGCAUGCCGCCCGAGGUGCGGGGCCGCCUGGGGGACACAGUGGAGCUGCCGUGCCACCUGCUGUCGCCAGGGCCUAAAGGCAACGUCUCACAGGUGACGUGGCAACGCCUGGACCCAUCCGGGAACCCUCAGAGUGUGGCCGCCUUCCACCCUUCCCAUGGUCUCAGCUUCCCCAGCCCGAAGUUUGGCAAGGACCGGCUAUCCUUCCGCACCAUGGGGCAGAGCCCUGGUGCCCGGCAAGGCUCGGAGAUGCGGGACGCCACGCUGGUCCUCCAGGGCCUGAGAGUGGAGGAUGAGGGCAACUUCUCCUGCGAGUUUGCUACCUUCCCCCUGGGCACCAGUCGUGGAGUGACCUGGCUCAGAACCAUAGCCCAGCCCCAGAACCGCGCUGAGGCCCAGGAGGUCACACUCCGCUCGGAGCCGGUGCCCGUGGCCCUCUGUGUCUCCUCGGGGGGCCGCCCACCCGCCAAAAUCUCCUGGCUCUCGACCCUGCGUGGGGAGCCCAAGGAGAGCGAGACGGCGGGGCCCCUGGCCGGCACAGUCACCGUGACCAGCCGCUACGCCGUGGUGCCCUCGAGCCAAGUAGAUGGUGUCGAGAUCACCUGCAAGGUGGAGCACGAGGCCCUGGAGGAGCCGGCCCUGCUGCCCGUGACCCUCUCUGUGCGCUGUGAGUGCAUCACCUGUGACCACGCCUCCCCUGCUGUCUACACUGGCUUCCCUGGGCACUGUCUACACUGCCCCUCAGUGUUGUCCACCUUGGCUCUGGGCCACAUUCUGCCCUGCCUACCUGCCCUUCACCUGUACUUCCACCCCGGCUCCCCCGGCCACAUCCACACACUGCCCCCGUCUACCUGGCUCCACGCGGCCACCGUCAGUGUAAACACUGCCCCCACUGUCUGUAUCCACCACUUGGAGUCUACACCGCCUGAACCAACACUGUCUACACACACACGCUCAUUCACACGGUUUCUGUCGACUUUCUUAUGGUCUCUACACCAACUCCUGCCUCCGAAAAUGAUUCCCAUCGACCCCACUGGGCCCUGACAGUACUGACCCCUUCCAGUAUGUUCUAUGCUAGCUCUUCCCAACACCGCGCACACGCACACCCCCUCAGACGGCCCGAGAGGCUCCCCUGGCACUGUGCCCACCAGCCC